AUGGGCAUAUCAAACGUAUCACGGAUGACGAAAUACAAUCACUUGUCAUCGAAAUUAUGGGUGCUAAUUACCGCCUAUAUAUCAUGCCCUUUGGAUCCGAAAAAGACGUUAGGCAUCAAACUGCCAUAUUUAGUGAUGAUUGCUAAGAACAUGAAGAAAUAUUUUACUUUCGAAGUUCAGAUUUUGGAUGAUAAAGGUGUCAAACGACGUUUCCGGGCGUCGAAUUAUCAGUCAAAUACGCGUGUGAAGCCGUUCAUUUGUACGAUGCCGAUGCGAUUGGAUGAUGGAUGGAAUCAAAUCCAGUUCAAUUUAGCGGAUUUCACCAAACGAGCUUAUGGAACAGGAUAUGUUGAAACACUUCGAGUUCAGAUUCAUGCAAAUUGCCGCCUUCGUCGGGUUUAUUUCGCUGAUCGACUGUACGCCGAAGAUGAAUUGCCAGCCGAAUUCAAAUUGUAUUUACCGAUAAGAGCAAAUCUGAACCCGUCCGCUGCGGCUGGUUCAUCACCGGGUGAAGAUGAACCCACAUUAGCUUCUUAA